GAGAUGUUUCAUUAAAUACUCUGUUGUAGUGUUGUGACAUUAUUUACAUCUUGACGCAACGUGCUAUGAAUUUGAUUUUUAUGUGCGCAAAUUAUAUUGAAUGAAAAGGGCAGCACAAUUUUUUUUUCUAUAUGCAUUACUUGGGAUUAAUAAGAAAAUAUGGAACAGAACUUAAAAGCUAAAAUUGAUCAAGCUUGUCGAACUGCAGAGGAAUUUACAAAACUGUAUUAUGAACAUCUAGACAAGCGAAGAUAUCUGAUCGCAAGAAUGUACAUGGACACUGCUACUCUGAUGUGGAACGGAAAUGGAGUAGUAGGCAAAGACAAUAUACAAAAGUUCUGGACAGAUUUGCCAUCUUCAGAACAUACCAUUACUACUCUCGACGCUCAGCCAAUUACAGGUCCAGAGGUAGCCAAUCAAUUAACAUUUCUCGUCAAAGUCGGUGGACAAGUAAAGUAUGAAGAAAAAGGUCCCAAGGCGUUUAAUCAAACUUUUCUCAUUACGGCUAUGGGUGAUAAAUGGAAAAUUGUUAGCGAUUGUUUCCGAACGCAAGAAUUAUUAGGUAGUAAUACAAAUUGACAGUACCAAAUAAAGUUUUAUACUGUGAUCUCAUA